AUGAAGCUCACAGCCAUCCUCCUCCCCCUGAUCUCCACGGCCGCGGCCACAACAACCUGCUACUCGGGCGCGCCGACCAGCGAAGGCACCAACUGCCUGUCGAAGCUGUCGAUCAAGAACUUCUGGUCGCUGCAGUACUGCAACUACCGGUGGAACGUCAACUACGGGGACUGGGACAAGUGGAUCAGCAACAACGCCAGCCACGUGGAGCGCGGCCGGGUGGCCAAGACGGGCGUGUUCGGGGGCAUGGAGGAGUGCCUGGAUGCGUUCAAGGAGGUCGUCGAGCCGUGCUACGACACCGCGCAGGGGGCGUACCUGACGACGGCGAAUGUGAGUCUGGAGGUGAAUUGGUGUCAGUGGUGA